GUAGUCUCACGGGCUGAGGUUGUAUUGUCAGAACUCGUGUGUCAAGUGAUAUUAGUGGUGUUCGCGACCUUCCCGUGUUCUUUAUUUAAUAACCCAAUCUACUUUUCUUAUGCUUAUCUUCGUCGCGAAUGAUUUUGUAGGCUGCCUGCGUUCUCCCUGAUUUUGAUGUGUCAAAACUGUGGAUUAUAGUUCUGUGCCUGAGGAGUUUCGCAGCUCUCUCUUUCAGGAUAACUUUUUUAAGCCAAAGACAGUCUCCCGAUGCACCUGUCUGACGAGGCUAUGCCCUAUCCGAGACCGGAGUCGCGAUUACCCGGCGAAUCCCGUCGGAAGCGACGUGGAAAUCUCCCGAAAGAGUCCGUACGGAUCUUGCGAAUGUGGCUGUAUGAGCACCGUUACAGUGCCUAUCCAUCUGAGAAAGAGAAAGCCAAGUUAGCUGAAGAUGCCAAACUCACUCAACUUCAAGUCUGCAACUGGUUCAUCAAUGCCCGUCGACGCAUCCUACCUGAUAUCAUCCGCAAGGAGGGCCAUGAUCCUCUUCAGUACACUAUCACACGGAAGAGUGGUGUCAAUGUUCCCAGGUCUGCACCUACCUCCACUAUCACCAGCAGCAGAUCGAGUAGUUACAGUCGGUCCAUGGACUCCAACAGCAGCCCGAUAUCGUUGACUGACGAUAGCGUCACUGACGUAGACGCUGACAGCGAGGACUCUGACAACAGUACUACGUCCACUGCCUCAUCUCAGAUCAGUUCGUCUCAGGAGGCCUGUCCUCUGAAACUGACCAAACGCUGGCAGAGGACACAUGAGCAAGAACUGCUCAUCCAGCCUCCCGAAACUGAUCUUCAGUGUACUGUGAUGCAUAGUCCACCCUCUGUGAAUGGGGAGACUUCGCAUCCAAGUUCUUUUGAUGACAACUCCAAGGCACUAUAUUCCUCAAAAGAGGACUCUUCACCGUCUCGUAACUCAGAUAACUCUACCCAAGAAAUGUGGACUUCCUCUAACACGCCACCUUUGACGCCACCUUCUUCAGUUGAUAAUUCGCUUACUUGCCUUUACAUUUUGGUUAAUGUUGCUUGCGAGGUUCGAGACCAAGAACUCCAAGCAAAAUCUUCCAGCGUCGAUUUAUGAGAGGUUAUUUUCUUCACAGCUUAUGUUCAUUAAUUUAGUGCCUUAUGGAAAGCAAUCUUCAGAAAACUUUCACAUGUUGAUCAUCUAUAGUUUACUCUUCCCAUUUUUUAAAGACUUUAUUUCUUCUCCCAUAUUGGAAGUUAUUAUUAGUCAUAUUGUAUCUAAUUCAUAAUUUUAAGUUGGCAAAGUGUCUGGAGAGGUUGUUUUGAUAUAAAUACAUAUAUACAUAACUCAAUACAUCUUCUUCUUUUUCUUCUUCUUUUUAAGGAUAGCCCUCUUGUACCAAUUUUAUAAUUUAAUCAUGGUACUUUUAUAAAUGGAUUGCGAGUGAUAGGACUUCUGUAACUGCGAGAACGAGCAUGCUGAACUCUUCUGUAAGUGGAGAAUAUUCGAGACCAAUUACAACCUAAUUGCCUGAAAUCUAGGUUUUUGGUCUUCCAUUGACUUUAUUACAUAAAUUAAAUCUUGAGACAUCUUUCAUCAAGAUAAUUUGGUUUCUUUAGUAAAGAGAUGGAAAAUAAUUGAUUUUCGAACUCUUUUUGAAUUAAGGCUAUUUUUAUAUGCCAUGCACACUUUAUUUUUUCAUUUAAUGUUAAAUCAAUUUUAAAAUGUUUUAGAGAAAUUUGAUUAUUUACUAUGUCAGUGGACAAGAAUAUUCAGCAUCAUUUUGUGCGUUUUAUGAAUAGCUCUGGUUAAUUUUAUUUUUGUCAGUUUGACUUAAAGUAUAAGUUUAUGGGUUUUCACCUCUGUUUUCAAUGUUUUCUGAAAAAACUAAUUGUAUCCACGAUUUACUGCUUAAGGGGGACUUGUUGCCUUAUUUCUUCUCUAUUUUUGAUUUUCACUAUUAGUAGUUUAAUGGACUUCGGAAAACAAUACUCUGCAUAUUGAAAAUGCUUGUUUUCAUAAUGAUGAAUAUCCAAAUUAAGAUGUAAUUUGAUAUAGAUGUAUUUGUGAGUAAUGAUGUUAAAGAGAUUCAAGAAUUUUGAUGUACAAAAAUGUUUUUCUCUUGUGUAAUUGAGUAGAAAAGGUGUCAUAAUAUUGUGACCUAAAGCUUGCUUUUUAUGUUACAGUAAAAAACACUGCUUUUAAAAAGUGAAUUCUUGUGCAUAAAAAUGUUUUUCUUGUAUCCCUUUGUUCGUUUAUAAGUAAUAUGGAACUUGGGAGUUCAUUUAAAACUUUUUAUUUUUAAAAAUUAAUAUUAUUAUGGCAAAGAACAUCUGCAUCACUCCAGAAAUGCUCUGUCUGAAUAUGUAUAUUAUAUAUUUAGGACUAUUUUUUUCAUCGGUGAAAUGAUGCUGUUAAUUUGUUAAUCUAAGGGCUUUCCCUUUUGCAAAUAAGUCAAAUUUUCAUGAAUUGUUCAUGCCCGAAGAGACUAAAUGAUAUAUUACUUCAAUAAAAAAAAAUAAAAAACAAUUAUUUUUCUAAAGUCUAAAAUAAAAAUGACUAUUUCCCCAGAAAAAUCCAUAGCUCUAUGUAUUACAUCAUCCCUCCAUAUUUUCUUUUAAUAGGAAAUAGGAAUUUUCGGUUUAUUGUCACUUUUAUGGGUAUACAUUGAUGCAUUUGUAGUUCAUCAUGCUUUUAAUUUGUUUAUUUUUAUAUGAAAAUCAAUGUUUUACAUAACAUGAAACAUUUUCUUUAUGAAUACUGACACCAUAAUUUUGGAUUUAAUGCCUUUUUGUAUGAAUGUUUUUUUUUUUAAUUUUUAAAGCUUUUUUUCUUUCUUCCCCUAAGUGAAACUGAGAUACUUUUUAAUGAAUUGUUCUAUCAUAUAUUUGGUUAUUCAGAUAGAAUUCAUGUCUUGAAUUACAACCAGAUUUAUCAGUUUCUUCAUAAAUGCCAUAAUCGUUGUAGAAUUCUGUGCCUAAUAACAAUUUAGUAUCUACCUUUAUAUCUUGUCAUUGUUUUUAGUGUCACUCCUCAUUAGCUGAGAGUGAAAACAUUUGUUUCAAGAUGCAGCUGUGUGUAAAUUUCCUUUUUCGUACGAGUUUUUAUCUUUAUUUUAAAACAUAUUUAUUUCACUUUUUAUUUUUAUUUUGUACUUAUUCAGAAGUGUUUUUUUUCUGGAAAGAUUCUUGUUACAUCAGACUCAUUUGAAGUUAUUCAGCAAUUGUUUGCUUGAUUCUAAAACUCAUGAAAGCAGGACAUUUUUUAAUCAUUAAAAAAUCUAAAAUGCAAGCUGGUGAAUGAGAAAUAAUCUCAUAAAUUGUUGUAUGAAAAGAUUCUUCUCAUGAGAAAUCUUCUCACAACUAAUGUACCUUAAAAUUGCAGUACAAAUCAAAAUUAUUUCCUGACCUGUCCUACCUCAUGAUUAUUAUUUAGAGCAUUUUUAAAGUGAUGCUAUUCCUUUGUUUGAAGUAUAGAAAGUGUGAUUUUUAUAAUGCUUCCCUACAUAAAAUAAAAGAACAGCGUGCUUAAAAAGUCUUCCACAUAUGUGUUAGAUUACAAAGGUGAGCUUUUUCAGAUAAGUCUUUGCCUGCAAUCUGCAAUUAUACGUUGACCUUCAUGUACAGAAUUUUGAUUGCUAAAUUUGACAAUGCUAUGCUAAAAUGUAUCUGACGAUCUGUUUAAUGAGAUAUAUUUGCCAUUCACACAGUAGUUUUAUUAUAUGCUUAUGCUUUUAUUUGCAAAAAAGUACAAAAUGUUCCUGUGAUUGUUUUAUACGUUUAAGAAAUGUGUAGCAAGAUUUCCUUGUACUAUGCAGUGUUACCAAUGCAACUUUUUUAUUUUGUAACAACUUUCUUUUAUUUCAUAAUCAAAUAAUUAGAAAUUUAGUGUUUGAUUCUGAAAGUAACUACUUAUGUUGAAAUAGUAUAAUAUUGCUUGUAGAAUGUUGUAUAAAAAUGCUAGCAAGUAUAGAGUUGUAGAGCAGAAGUCGCUGUUAUUGCUAAGAUGGAAGCAAAAUUGACAAAAAAGACUACUCUGAAUUCACAUUAUUAAUUCCAUUUUUUUAGUUAAAAAAAUUCGAUAAAAAUGCCCCCACCUUUCCAAUAGAAUUAGAAAAUUUAUUCCUUAGUCUAAUUCAUUUACUCCUUGGUUUAAAAUUGACAGUAAGUUAGCAGUUAGGAAUAAUAAUAUGAAAAUUUAGUUUAGUUAUUAGUUGUAAAAUUUAAUAUCGUUUCGAGUUUGAAAUUUGAAAUUUUUGUUAAUGUGCGGACAUUAUACGAAAACUUCAUUGCAAAAAAAGCAGUGGAAUACAUAUAAGGAAGCAUCAACUUUUAUCAUUUGAAAAUAGGCGGUUUUAAGUGAAAUUUAAUUUGUCUUACUUCUUUGUAUCAUACAACUUCUCAUUAAAAUUUUAUAAUGAUGUGAAAAUUAUAAUAGUUUCAGGCACAGUUUGAAAGAGUAAAAGCAAAGAAGAGGUAUUGAAAUAUUAAACCUGGUAUGCAACGAAAUCAGUUUUGCUUAUUUAAGCAAACUUAACAAAAUAUUCAAUCUCAAAUAUUAUCUCGUAAAAAAAAUAACUUUUAAUGUGAAAAAAAAUGUAAAAAUAAACCAUAUUUAUAUUAUAAAAAACGUGUAAGAAUAAGAAACGGAAACGAACUGAUGAGUUCAAUAGGACCAUAAUUUCGAUGGUCGUUUGAGUGAAAUCAGUUUCUGCUUAGUGUUGAAUCUGAAAUUGAAGCGCAAUUCGCAGAGGGAAAAUUGUUGGCAGUUAUAUAUGAGAAAUCUUUGUUUAUAAUCUAUUGUCCAGUUGAACUUUUUAUUAAAAAACAAUUGCUACAAAUUAUCAAAUUUUAAAAGCCACAAUUUUUCAUUUCUGUUUCAUCUACACUAAAAGAAAGAGAAACAAUUUAGCAGUUAUUCAGUAUACAAUAUGGACACGCGACAUGACUUCUUUCCUACAUAUUAAAAUUAAAUGGAAUUUCAAUUCGGAAUGCAACAUUUUCCAAAUUGGUAAUGGAGCUUGAAGAUAUAGCAUGAAUUUUCAUUCUUGCUCCUAAUUUUGUUGUCCAAUAUUUCGAUACAAAUCUUGUUCAAUGGUUGUUACUUUCAGAAACAAAUAUAUCUUCGAAGUGAUAUUAUAUCUUUGUGAUGAACAGAAUUGGCAUAAUAUGCUUUUUUAAAAUGAUUUUCUUUACUAUACAUGAAACACAUAUUUUACGAUACCAUGUUUUCAAUCUGGCUUCUUGCCGACAUUUGACUCUUGAUUUUAAAAAUUUCUUUGUAUUAAAAAAUCUAUUAUGUAUAAUACGAAAACAUGUCGACAUGACUCAACAUUGUAUAUUUAAUUUUGUAUUAGAUUUGUAAAAAUACUGUUAUGUUUUGACUGGGAAAAAAUCUUGAUUUCUAUUGAUAUGAAAACUGCAUUUUCAUUGAUGUAAAGGUGAUGAUUUGUAAAUAAAUGUUUUCAAUUCGGACGUCAUUUGAAGAGUGCUAGUUUUAAAGUAAAUCAGACUGUGGAGUACAUAUUAUAUUUGUCUAUAUCAUGACGUGCUUACACCAAAUGCAAUUAUAACGUCCGUUUAAAAGAAAUAAUGUUUUAUUUAUCAGCGUGUCAGAAAUAAAUCGAUACGCCUUGAUGUAUCAUUUUAUACAUAGAAAGUGUAUUUAAUUUUACAGUUGUGUGUAGUUUUUCUGUCUAUGUAUUAUGUGUUUAAAUUUGCAUUAUAUAGUUAAGAGAUGUUUUGAUGCACACAUAAAUGGAUAAAUUGAAUGAAAAAAAAAAACGAUUAAUGAAAGCACCUGCAUUACUUUGAUGUAGUCAACUAAUAUAGAAUCAAAUUUGGAUUGUACUUGGCUUUGAUGAGAAAUAAUCUGGAUAAAUAUUCUGAUAUAUAAAUAUAAUUUUUGUAGAACAUUUAUUAUUGACUGAUAUAUGAAAAACGACAAUGAAUUCUGAAAUACAACUUCUGUUCCUUUUAGAAAUCUUAGUUCCUUGAGCCUCGUUUGUGCUGGUUUUUUGAAAUAGUUAAGCAACUGAAAAUCAUGACUUUAUUUAAUCAGCCAUAUUGGGUGGUGUGGUGCUAAAACUAGAUAUUAGAUGUUUUUGCUGUGUGGAUUAGUCUGAAAGUAUAGAGGAAAAGGACUGUCGUUUCAAUCCUUUUAGACGAUCAACCUCUUGGAGUCAUUCUGUAUUUGUAUGAUGUAGUUAUUUGUUUCAGAAAUGGAUGAUGCUUUUACUUAGUGUGUAAAGAAGCAAGUGGGUAGGGUGCCUUAUAUGACCAAAGCGUGUCAUAGCUGAAUCUGCGUUCCUAGCAGUGUAUGCGUACGUAGCUUUUCCAAGUGAUUUUUUUUUAUGUAUCGUUUCUAUAUUUAGAGCUUGUUGUUUUUAGCUGCAUAUUUUUUUAGAGGAGUCAUGCUACAUAUCUGCCCAAAACGUGCCUAGUCAGGACUUAGUAUGACAUCACUGUACAUUCCACACCUCAUUUGGUCGGCUUCAGCCACAGGAAAAUUGCUUGUGGUAUGGAAUGUAUUGUCUUUGUACAAUGCUACCACUUAGUGGUGAAGUGAUAGUGUGCAUAAUAAAAGUGUGGUGAUUAUGGUC